AUGACAUGUCGUCUCAAAGUGACUCGCGAAACUCCAACUGGCUUAGUUUACUUGAAAUUCUAUGCAAUGAACGUGAGUGACAUUAAGUUGCAUUUUAUGAUGUUCUUCCGAUAUACUGGUGGCUUUAAGCCUUAUUUGCUGGACAUAACUUUUGAUAUUUGUGAAUUUGCUAAACAUACGGCUGCUUUACUGUAUAACGAGUUCCUUAAAAGAUUUGCUCUUGUGAUCACUAAAGAAUUUUCGGAUAUCUUGCGUGGUUGUCCCUACAAUGGAAAAUUGGAAACGAGUUGGGUCGACUCCAAUGCUUCAUUUUCAUCAGUAUUGCCACCAGUUUUUCCAACGGGACGUUAUAAAAUGGCACAUUGGCUGAUAUGGAAGAAUAAAACAGCUGCCUACAUUGAAUUUCAAUGUGAUUUGAAGGCGAAAAGGGAGUUUAGAGCUACGGAUUUUUCCAUGCUCAAUAUGGGUUGA